AUGGGUAUUCUCAACAAAUUCAAGGACCAGUUCUCCUCCUCCAACCCAGAAUACGACUUCCCAGCCCCAGCCGCGCCCCUGCCCCUCGGCCCAGACGCCAUCUACCGCUACAGGAAACAGCGCGGCGUCAACCUCGGCUCCUGGUUCUCCCUCGAGCAAUGGAUCUGCCCCCACGUAUUUCGAGGCGCCGCUGGUCCAGGUCAGAGUGACUUUGACGUCGCCAGCGGAAAAGACGCAAAGAGGAAUCUCGAAGAGCACUGGGAUACCUGGAUCACGGAGGACGACUUCAAGUGGAUUGCCUCAAAGGGAUUCAAUAGUGUACGACUCCCGGUUGGGUACUAUCAUCUCUGCGGGGCUCUUCCCGAAGUCCUCAAGAAUACCGACUUUGAGCCGUUCCACCACAUCUACGAGGGCGCUUGGGGAAGGAUUGAACGUGCUGUACAGACUGCGGGUAACUAUGGGCUCGGUGUCCUCAUCGAUCUCCACGGUGCUGCAGGUGCUCAAAACCACGAUGCCCACGCUGGUCUCUCCAAAGGCAAGAUCGGCUUCUGGGACAGCAAGUCCAACCAAGCCUCGACCUCUCUCGCCCUCCGCUUCCUUGCUUCCAAAUUCGCCCCCAUGCCACAUGUUGUCGGCCUCGAGCUCCUCAACGAGCCCCAGAACCACCCCAAGCUCCAACCCUGGUACGAGAAAGCCAUCAAUUAUGUCCGCACCGUCGCCCCCGCCGACUUUCCGCUCUAUUGCUCGGACGCUUGGGACACUGACCACUUUGCCCGCUUUGUCGGUGGCCGAAGCGACUUUGUGGUGCUGGACCACCACAUGUACAGGUGCUUUACCGAUGAAGACAAGCGCAUGAGCGGGUAUGACCAUGCGAAUGAGCUCAAGGGUAAUUACCGAGGCAGGUUUGCUGGGCAGUGCGAAGCUGCCAAGGGCGCGCUCGUCGUGGGUGAAUGGUCGGCCUCUCUCGACAAUGGCUCGUUCGGCCAUGGUAUGCCCGACGGAGAGAAGGAUGCUCAGAGGCGAGCUUUUGUCGCUGCCCAGCUCGAAUUAUUCGAGUCGCACUCUGCGGGGUACUGGUACUGGACGUUCAAGAAGGGUGAAGGGUGGGAUGCCGGAUGGUCUGCGCAGAAUGGCAGCCAAGCAGAGAUCUUACCUGGCUGGGUCGGAAGCAAGCAAUUCAAGGGGAUGCCGCCCGACCACAUCAAGCAGCAAGAGUUGUCCAACAAUCACGGCAAGUGCUCGCAUACAAACUAUUGGGCUAACAACGGCGGCUCUCCCGAUCCUACCGUCUAUGCCCCGGGCUUCUCGCAGGGCUGGGACGAUGCGCUCAUGUUCCUCAGUGCCCAGGGGACCCCAAGCGAGCUUGGGUUCAUCCAUCAGUGGGCUCAGAGGCGCAAGCCCGAGUACGAAGCUAGCGCUGGCAAAAAGCUGGGUAAAGCCGAGUGGGAGUGGGAGCAUGGAUUCAAGCAGGGUGUAGAGGCAGCCGCCAGGUGUUGCUUGGGAUAA